AUGAGAAAAGUCCCUUCUGUUCCUGAAGCUUUGAAUGAGAAUCUCAACGGUGCUAUAUUUUGUGAAGAGGAAGCAGUGCCUGUUGUCUGUGGCAUCCGAGCCAUUUGGGUCACUCAAGCUAACAGAAGAAAACACAUAGCCACCCAGUUACUGGAUGCCCUGAGGAAAAGUUUCUGCAUGGGAUUUGUCCUUGAACACUCUCAAUUGGCAUUCUCUCAACCAACAUCAGCUGGAAAGGCUUUGGCAUCCAAUUAUAUUGGUGGUGGAUAUUUUUUGGUGUACAAAACCAACAAUCUUAAAGGUCCAGAUUCUAUAUAA